ACCGUUCCUACUUGUGUCAGUUGAAAUACCUCCGUUGGUUAAGUGGGACUUUUUUCAGUAUGCCGCUAGCAGUAGAUUCUAACUUGUGAGGGCCGCCAUGUUGGUUACCACGAACUGAAGCGCCAUCUAAGUGUGUCUCCUGUGGUGUCAGUCAACCAGAGGUCUAACACCAUGGACACCAUGAACACCAUGAACACCACGACACUCACGCCAUCUAGUCCUCUUAGCCUGGACCCUGAAAGUGCCGCAGAGAUCGAAAGACUCGGGAACAUGAAAGCCAGUAUACAACACAGCUACCUGUGGGUGGUCUUCGCCUUGGGCUUCCCCGGAAACAUCUUCUGCAUCAUCACCGUGCUGUCCAUGCAGACGAUGACCCCGGCCACGUUCUUCGUGUCGCUGUUGGCGCUCUGCGACGGCGCCACCAUCUUGGUGAAAAUCAUCUUCCAACAGCUGGCAUUAAACCAGGUCCCUAUCGGCACCGUCGGCUGCAAGAUGAGGUUCCUCCCCAUGUUCCUCUCCCUCCUGGCCAACUGGGUGCUUGUGCUCAUCUGUGCGGAACGGUUCGUAUCGGUGUGUUUCCCGCUGAAGAAAGCCUACAUCAUCACCAAGAGGCGGAGCUACAUCAUCACGGCCAUACUGUCGACGGUCCUGUUCCUAGGCAUGUCGUGUCUCUUCAGCCUGAUGUGGGACAGCGACGAGACUGGCGUCAUGUGCGGCACACACGAGGAGUACUACGACUUCUGGACCCGCUGGUGGUACUGGAUCAACGCCUUCCUACUCAUCUUCAUCCCAUUCGUCUUCAUCGUCAUCUUCACCGCACUCAUCGUCCGUGGACUCAUGCGAUCCCGCCACGACAGACGCUCCAUCAUGCGGCACAGCUCAAAAGGUCAAGACGGCAACCGGCGUCUGAUAGAGGAAGCAGAACGUCUCGAGAGAAGCAUCACCAUAAUGCUCAUCUUCGCCGCCGUCAUCUUUCUCCUCUUGACUCUGCCCGCUUGUAUAUUCAUCCUCGGAUACAAGGAAAGCAAAGAUCAGCUGGUCGAGCAACAGUGGCAGCUGUUCGAACAGAUACAAUACGUGCUGAUCGACUCCUCCCACGCCAUCAACUUUUUCCUCUACUUCCUCAGCGCCCAGAGGUUCCGCCAUCAGUUUUUUAACAUACUCCGGUGUAGGCGAUGGCGAGCAACCAAUCGUAAGUCUCGUUGCAUUGAGGUCUCGGUUACCAAAUACACCAUAGCACGCUCGAAUGAGGACGUGAGUCAGGUGUGACCGUGAAUACACGAAGCUUUACGUUAG